GAAAAGGAAAAAAAAAAAAGAAGAAGGGGGAAGUGAAAAUAACCUUCUGCAAUCUAUUUUUUCUCUCUUUGAUAACCUCUCUCUCUUCCCCUCUCUGAGACCUUCUGCUCUUCUCUUUUCUUAAUUGGUAUGGUCAUCGUCGACCGGGAAAUCGAACCCUACCGUCGAUUCCGUCUUGCAUCGUUUGUUUCCUUACCUUCCGGGGCACAAUAGUCGCCAUCAUUAUACUAAUCUCUCAAAUCCUCCCCAAAACCCGUAACUGGAUACAAGAGGAGAAAAAAAAAAAAGAUUUUAUUAAAUUUUUUCUCCGUCGGCGAGUCAGUUUUCCGACGGCCGUCGCGUCUCUGUGGUGUGCACUAUUAUUAACCUGCACACACCUCUUCGAUUGCUUUUCUUCUCGUUAUUGUUUCUCUUCGAGUGAUUGUUUGGCAGAGUUUCACAUAUUGUUCCGUCAAUGAUCUUAUGGCUUGGACUCCAUGGUUAUGAUUGCAAUUUUCUAUUUUGGUCACUUGAAUGUGCCUCUGAGCAGAGACCAUCUCUUUACAGUGAGUUUGAAGUAGACUAGUAGAGCUCAGGGGAAUUCCAUGUAAAGUAAAAUGGCCUUUUUCAGAAACUACUUCAAUGGAACAGAUGCACGUGGUGUCCUGGAUGAGAAAGGCCAGGAUCACAAUGGCGAGAGAAUUAAUAGAACAGUAGGUAAUGAAGACGUUGAUGCAAGUUCAGACGAGAAGGAUGCAGAACUGAAGACGGAUGACCAGUUUCAGAGUGAGGAUGAGCCGGAUGAUACCAGUGUUCUACCAAAUGAGACAGCUGGUGAAAACAGCAGCGGGAGGCAGCCAUUGAAUCCUCAGCCUUCUGGAAGAAGAACAGGUGCAGUUGGGAAAUGGGGUUCCUCUUUUUGGAUGGACUGCCAGCCUAUGUCUCCUCAGGAAGGAUCUAUGCAUUCUGAUCAUAAAAGUGAUAUAGGAUCUGAGGGGAAUUCCUCAGAUGUUAGGGUAGAUAGAUUGGAAUCAGAAGAUUAUGAUGCACAGAAAGAAGUGGAAGAGGGUCAAAGGGGCCAGAUGGAUGUCCCUGCCGAUGAGAUGUUGUCCGAUGAUUAUUAUGAGCAGGAUGGGGAAGAACAAAGUGAUACAUUGCAUCAUAGAGAACUGAAUAGAUCAAAUGCUUCAAGUUCAAAGGUGCAAUCGAGACCUGUUUCUGUCAAAAAUAAUUUGUCAAGGAGUUCAAAGGCUGAAAAUGUUGAUGAAGAUGAUGAUGAUGACUUUGAUUAUGAAGACGAAGAUGAUGAAGAUGAGGCAGAUGAAGAUGAUCCUGAUGAUGCAGAUUUUGAGCCUGAUUAUGGGGGCACAAGCAGCCAUACAAGGAAUAAGGAUAAAGAUUGGGAUAGCUACGAUUCUGAUGAAGAAGAUGAUGAUGGAGAAGACCUUGAUAUCUCAGAUGAAGAUGAGGAUUACACGGGGAAGCCCCAACGCCGUACACGUGGUAAAGGUGGAUGUGGUUUAACGUCUACUAGAGAAUAUAAAUCAUUUUCUGCACAUAAUCGACAAAGAAAGGGGAGGAGAUAUUAUGACGAGGAAGAAUCAUCAGCAAAGGAUUCUGAAAAUGACAGUGAUUCAGAUUUCAAAGGUAGAACAAAGAGAGGGGCGCAUCUCCGUAAGAACAAAGUUGGUCGAUCCACUGCGUCUGCAAAUACUGCUUUACAAAAUAAUGAAGUACGCACUUCAAGUAGGACAGUGCGGAAGGUGUCAUAUGUUGAGAGUGAAGAAAGUGAAGAAGUUGAUGAAGGAAAGGUUAAGAAGACCCAGAAGGAGGACAUUGAGGAAGAAGAUGGAGAUUCAAUUGAGAAGGUACUAUGGCAUCAGCCAGAGGGCACAGCUGAAGAUGCUUCGAGGAAUAAUAGAUCAACACAACCUGCUCUGUUGAACCAUGCGUCAGACUCUGAGCCAGAUUGGAAUGAAAUUGAAUUCCUGAUAAAAUGGAAAGGCCAGUCGUACUUGCACUGCCAGUGGAAAACAUUAGCUGAUCUCCAAAAUCUGAGUGGUUUCAAGAAGGUUCUAAAUUACACUAAAAGAGUGAUGGAUGAAAGGAAGUACAGAAACACUAUGUCCCGUGAGGAGGUUGAGGUUCAUGAUGUGAACAAGGAGAUGGAGUUGGAUCUUAUUAAGCAGCAUAGUCAGGUAGAAAGAAUAUUUGCUGAUAGAAUUAGUAAAGGUGGCUCAGAAGAUGUAACACCAGAAUACCUUGUCAAGUGGCAAGGACUUUCUUAUGCGGAAGCAACUUGGGAAAGAGAUGUAGAUAUUACAUUUGCACAAGAUGCAAUUGAUGAGUACAAAGCUCGUGAGGCUGCGGUGACUGUCCAAGGAAAGAUUGUGGAUUCUCAGCGCAAAAAAAGCAAAGCUAGUUUGCGAAAGCUUGAUGAACAACCUGAAUGGUUGAGAGGGGGAAAGCUACGUGAUUAUCAGCUCGAGGGCUUGAAUUUUCUUGUUAACAGUUGGAGAAAUGAUACAAAUGUCAUUCUAGCUGAUGAGAUGGGGCUUGGAAAAACUGUGCAAUCUGUUUCAAUGCUUGGUUUUUUGCAGAAUGCGCAGCAAAUUCAUGGGCCAUUUCUUGUUGUUGUACCAUUGUCUACUUUGUCAAACUGGGCGAAAGAAUUUAGAAAGUGGCUUCCUAAUAUGAACGUUGUUGUAUAUAUUGGAAACCGUGCAAGUCGAGAGGUUUGUGAGCAAUAUGAAUUUUAUACAAACAAGAAAAGUGGUAGGAGUAUCAAAUUUGAUGCUCUCUUGACAACAUAUGAAGUUGUCUUGAAAGAUAAGGCUGUAUUUUCCAAAAUCAAGUGGAAUUAUCUUAUGGUUGAUGAGGCUCAUAGGCUUAAGAACAGUGAAGCUUCCCUAUACACAACGCUUUUGGAAUUUAGCACCAAGAACAAGUUGCUCAUAACUGGUACUCCAUUACAAAACAGUGUUGAAGAGCUAUGGGCCCUACUUCAUUUUCUUGAUUCUGAGAAGUUCAAGAAUAAGGAUGACUUUGUUCAGAAAUACAAGAAUUUAAGUUCUUUUAAUGAAAUCGAGCUUGCUAAUCUACACAAGGAAUUGAGGCCUCACAUUCUGAGAAGAGUGAUCAAGGAUGUAGAGAAGUCGUUGCCUCCAAAAAUUGAACGUAUUUUGAGAGUUGAAAUGUCACCCCUUCAGAAGCAGUAUUAUAAGUGGAUCUUGGAACGUAACUUUCACAACUUGAAUAAAGGAGUGCGUGGGAAUCAAGUCUCACUUUUAAACAUUGUUGUGGAGUUGAAGAAAUGCUGCAAUCAUCCUUUUCUGUUUGAAAGUGCAGACCAUGGAUAUGGUGGGAAUACCAACAGUAGUGAUAGCAAUAAACUUGAGCGAAUUAUCUUAAGCAGUGGAAAGCUAGUAAUACUUGACAAACUACUAAUGCGUCUGCGUGAAACAAAGCAUCGUGUUCUAAUAUUUUCCCAGAUGGUUAGGAUGUUGGAUAUCUUGGCAGAGUAUUUGUCACUUAGAGGGUUCCAGUUUCAAAGGCUUGAUGGCAGUACAAGGGCAGAUCUGCGUCACCAAGCUAUGGAGCACUUUAACGCUCCUGGAAGUGAUGAUUUUUGUUUUCUUCUGUCAACUCGUGCUGGUGGGCUGGGCAUCAAUCUUGCGACAGCAGACACAGUUAUAAUAUUUGAUUCAGAUUGGAAUCCCCAAAAUGAUUUACAGGCAAUGAGUAGGGCUCAUCGAAUUGGGCAACAAGAAGUUGUCAACACUUACCGAUUUGUCACAAACAAAAGUGUCGAGGAAGAUAUCCUGGAGCGUGCGAAGAAAAAGAUGGUACUUGAUCACUUGGUAAUUCAGAAACUAAAUGCAGAGGGUAGAUUGGAGAAGAAAGAAACGAAGAAGGGGGCAUCUAUGUUUGACAAGAACGAGCUAUCUGCAAUCCUGAGGUUUGGGGCAGAGGAACUCUUUAAGGAAGACAAAAAUGAUGAAGAAAGUAAGAAGAGACUUUUAAAUAUGGAUAUCGAUGAGAUACUUGAGAGAGCAGAGAAGGUUGAAGAUAAGGGACCUGAAGGAGAGCAAGAAAAUGAACUCUUGAGUGCUUUUAAGGUUGCCAAUUUCUGUGGUGCUGAGGAUGAUGCAACAUUCUGGAGCCGUUGGAUUCAACCAGAAGCAGUUUCUAAAGCGGAGGAAGCUUUAGCUCCUCGAACUGCAAGGAAUACCAAGAGCUAUGCAGAGCCUAAGCAACCUGAAAAAAGUAACAAGAGGAAAAUUCGGGGAAUCAAAACACAGGAGAGAGUCCAGAAGCGGCGAAGAGCGGAUUCUUUGGUCAAUUCCCCGCCCAUGAUUGAAGGAGCAACUGCCCAAGUAAGGGGUUGGUCUCACGGGAACGUAUCGAAGAAAGACGCUUCUCUUUUUGCUCGUGCGGUUAAGAAAUUUGGAAAUGCCAGUCAAAUUGACUUAAUAGUGGCAGAGGUUGGUGGUGUCAUUGAAGCAGCCCCUCCUGAGGCACAGGUUGAGCUUUUUGAUGCAUUGAUUGAUGGUUGUAAAGAAGCUGUUAAAGAAGGAAACCUAGAUCCCAAGGGUUCCCUGUUGGAUUUUUUUGGUGUACCUGUAAAGGCAAAUGAGUUACUGGAUCGUGUUCAAGAACUUCAACUCUUAGCAAAGCGCAUUAGACGAUACCAAGAUCCGGUUGCACAGUUCCGACUUUUGAUGCACUUUAGAGGUCCUCAAUGGUCUAAAGGCUGUGGCUGGAAUCAGGUUGAUGAUGCAAGGCUGCUUCUGGGAAUACACUCCUAUGGGUUUGGGAACUGGGAAAAGAUAAGGCUAGAUAUGAAGCUUGGUCUUACGAAGAAGAUUGCUCCAGUAGAACUUGGGAAAUUGGAAACUUUUCUGCCACGUGCACCGAAUUUGGACCAGCGUGCUUCAUUACUUCUGAAGAAGGAAUUUGCAGCUGUUGGGGGAAAGAACUCAAAGGCUAAAGCGACUCACAAGGUUGAAGCUGGGACUACUCAGAAAAUCCAAAAAACUCGCUUUAAGGAUACAAAGGGGAGAUCUAGCUCUCCUAAAGCUAAUGUCCGAAGCAGCAAAGAUGCACUUCAGAAACAACAGAGAGUUGAACCUGUAGUCAAAGAGGAGGGUGAGAUGUCUGAUACAGAACUAUAUCAGCAGUUCAAGGAAGAAAAAUGGAUGGAGUGGUGUGCAGAUGUCAUGGAGGAUGAGCUGAGGACAUUGAAGAGUCUUGAAAAAUUGCAGUACACGAGCUCGGAUCUUCCAAAGGAAAAGGUGCUUUCCAAAAUUAGGAAAUAUCUACAACUUCUUGGAACUAAGAUUGACCAAAUUGUACGGGCACACGAGGAAUCAUAUAAGCAAUCUAGCAAAAAUUGUUUUUCAGGGAUGACCAUGCGGUUAUGGAACUAUGUCUCCACCUUUUCGAAUUUGCCAGGGGAGAAACUACACCAGAUUUACUCAAAACUUAAACAGGAACAGGCUGUGGCUGGAGAGGGACCCUCCCACCUCAAUGGCGCUAGUCCAGGUCCCAUGGACAGGGAUGGUGACUCUAAUCAGUGCCCUCCAUUCACUCACAGUAAUGUGAAGUCCAGAGGGCAUGAGAAGUUUGCAGCCCGCCAGCCAUCUGUCGGAUUUAACAAAGAUCAAGGAACGGGGAAGGCAGAGGCAUGGAAACGGAGAAGAAGAGCAGAAAUGGAUGGCCAAUCCCAAGUUCCAUCGUCAUACCAGCAAACUAUGGGCAAUGGUAACCGGUCACAAGAUCCAAAUUCUUCAGGUAUUCUUGGGCGGGCCCCUACAGAUAAUAGGUACUUCGGUGAGAGACCAAAUAGGACGCGUCAGACCCGUUUUCCUCCUGGACAAGGUUAACUGUUGGAUAUCAAAUAGUCUUUCUGCAUUUUAUUGGAUGAGAACCAAAUGAGAGGUGAAGCCAAUUGGCUUUCUCCCAAGUCGGCCAUAAAUUACGGUGUCAGAAAUUUUUUUUUUCACCUCGGGAAUAAAAGUUUACAGUCCACCAGGAUUUGUGGCUAGUUUCAUGAUUGCUUUCAGUUUCCUUUGGAAUUUUGUGGUAAAUCCAUGAUCCCGUGGAUGGGACGGUCACAAAAGUUGGCCAAUGAAGGGAACUCAUAUGUGCAGGAAAUUACUAAGGAGUAGAAGGCAUGAAUUCUUUCCAUAUGUAUAUUGUUGAAGAGCAACGCCAGUUUCUCAGUCAGACAGCAAUGAAAAGGCAAAGGAUUUACUUCCCACCUUCAAAAUGAAACCAUUCAUUGAACUUGUAAUGAAUUUUGGAAUUCCAGCUUAUAAGAUGUGGUUCUUACACAAAUGACAGUUCUGAACCUGUUCAUGUUCCUCCAUGUAGACUGUCAGUUCUGUCACAUAACAUGCUGAAAUGUAAUUUUGAUCUUGUAGAUGUAAGUAAUUCUGAUAAAGUAGGUUUUGUUUUCUAAAAUUUUGUAAUCAAUCUUCUAGUAAUUUGGUUGCAUUGAAAUCUGAUGCAACCGAGCAGUUUAAGAAUGAAAUCACUGUUACUCAUA